UGGACGCUAGAGGCUGGUAUCACGCAACUGCCCAAUACACACGGAAUAUUCUCUAAAUUCACGAGAGAUUGGCAAUACCCAGGCAAAAUGUCCGUUUUUAGGACCAUCUUUGACGUCUUUAUUUUAUUGAGUACACUUUUCCUGUCGUACAUUGAGGUUUUUUACCGACUUGUUGUGCCGGCCAGUCGCAAGUCGGUAGCCGGCCGUUCAGUGCUGAUCACGGGGGCGGGGCACGGCUUGGGCCGGUUAAUGGCUCUGAGCUUUGCUCGAGAGAGAGCCGUCUUGGUGUUGUGGGAUAUCAACCAGGCGAACAACGAAAAAACUGCAAGAGAUGUACGUAAACUGGGUGCUCAGGCCUUCUCCUACACAGUGGACUGCUCCUCCUCUAAGGCCAUCAAAAAUACAGCCGAGCGAGUGUUGGAGGAGGUCGGCGGCAUCUACAUGCUGAUCAACAAUGCCGGGGUGCUGGUUGGAGAGGACAUACUGUCAUUGUCAGAGCGGAACAUCACUCAGACCAUGAACAUCAAUGUCAUUGCACACUUUUGGACCAUUCGCAAUUUUUUACCGGGAAUGCUGGAAGCAAACGACGGGCAUAUCGUCACCAUCGCCUCCAUGGCCGGAAAACAGGGCUCCCAUCGCUUAACCGACUACAGCGCCUCCAAGUUCGCUGCCAUCGGUCUUCAUGAAGCCCUUAGGGACGAAAUUGACAAGGUUUUCAACAAGCCAGGAGUCCAAACCACGGUGGUGUGUCCAAUGUUCAUAGAUACAGGAUUGAUUCACAGCACCAGUACAAAGAGAGAUGGCCGAGACAUGCUGAAGGCAGACGAGGUUGUGGAGCAAAUUGUGGAUGGCGUGCUGAAGAACAAGAGGGAACUGCUCAUGCCUGCAGUCAUUAACUGGGUCUCCAUGGUUCUAAAGGCUGUAUUACCAAAAAGAGGUUGGGAGGCCUUUCUUAGAAGCCAGGAAAUUGUCGUCCCCUCGCAGACCAGGAAGGAAAAAUGACGAUUCAAGAAAGACAGCUAUCGCCUGCUGUUACUCGAAGCUGCUGAGCUGACAGACGACAGCACAGACGGAGAAGAGCUGUGAGUCUAAUUUAAAUGUUUGAAUUCGGUCAGUCCAUCGGACAAUAUUGACGAUCAAAAUAUAUAGCAGGGCAUGACUCCAACAAUGAUGAUUACCCAUUUGCCAAAUCUACUUGAUACAUGUACAUACAUGUACAUGCACACAUCAAUGAACAAAAUGAUCAGAAAAAUUUAUUUUCAGCAGGCAAUUUACCUCAAGUGCACAGAACGUUCUGACUUAGCUAUCAAGGUAUCAUAAUGUGUAUGUACUUUGAUUUGUUUUGUCACACGAUUGAAGUCCGUCUUUUUGUGGCAGAGAAAAAGUUAAUUCUCUAAAGCACAGCCAACAGUUGGUGGUGUAUAUGUACAUGUAUGUUAUCAUAAUCAGCACUUCCAUUCCAGUAAGAAUCACGAUUCGAAAAAUUGCACGUUUACAGAAUGAUAGCAGUCAAAGUGACUGCAUUAAAUAUUCAAAUAUUGACUGCUUUGAGUUGUGUCGUAAAACUGGCCUCCCAAGGUAAUCCAUUGAGUAUUCCAAAACGAGACAAAGCAGUCGGUGUUUGUUUUAUAACACCUCUCCCACCGAUUCUGAUUGAUUGAUUUAAGAGAUAUCUGAUUGAUUUGAUCAUAUAUGAAGUACAUAUACUAUAUGUACUUGCAAAAAUAUGUCUGUGACUAAGAAAUUUGUUGAAAAUUUACCAGCACUUUUCCAAACUACCUCUUCACAAAAUGUGUGAAGCCUGCUCUGUAACGCUGGUGCUUUGGAAUAGGCAUGACACACACACCACAAUGCAUGCGCACACAAUGCCAGUAGUAAAGUGUAUUGUUCUUUGGUUGCUAGAGUAUAUUACUUUGGUUGCUAUGGGCAGAUAUACAUGUAAAUCUUUCCGUGCACAAGAAGAUGGCAAAAUUAGUGAAUACCAUGUGACUGGUUCUCAGCCAAUCAAGAUACAGAAUCUGUUUUUGAGGUGUUAUGAAUAAUUUAUAAAGCUUUUCAUUUUAAGUAUUCAUUUUGCACUUUCAAAUACAUGUAUUUGAUAAGAGGGUAUUUGUAUUUAUUGAUUGAUCAGUACCUCAAAUGGGAUUUUAUUACUUCUUAGACAAUGUAGACUAAAGAAAUCUAUUUUUAAAAUGGUCUUUUCAUGAUAAAUGUGAAUUUUAGGAUUUUACAUAUAUAACGAGAUGUGAUCAUUUCUGUCAUGCAAAAAUUCAGAAAAUAUAUUUUCCUAAAUACUAUGAUGGCUUUUCUACUUUUAAAACAUUUGUAAAUGAUAAAGCGUCUUUCACUCUGUCUACAUGUAAAUGACAAUGCAGGUUUGCCAUGGGGCCUUACAAAUGAAAGUAUUUCUUGUCUAUACAAAACUUUCCAAAUUGCAGGGUUUUUAAGUCUUUGGGUAUUGCUUGGUUUUUAAAUUUUCAUUUGCCUUUUUUUAUUCAUUCCUGUCUGUCUUGGCUUGUGUCUCAGAGAUACAUGUACGUGUGUAAAACUUUGGUGUAUUUGAUGUUGCUGAAUUAAAAUAACCAAACGACCUCCAAGAUUGCUGCUGUACGCAAAUGUAGAUUUUACAAACUAUUAAUGAUAAAAAACUUUCGAAAUAAACAGGCUAAUCCCCCAUUUGAAAUGCAAAUCAAAUAUUUGUGAGAAGUGAGCAACACUGCAAUUUUGUACACACUGUUCUGAAAUUUGCAGAUGUACAAUGCACAUGUAAAGCUCAGUAUUGACCUGCAGCACUGAAAAGUAACAGUGAACACCAAUUUAGAUGAAGGCAAACCAAGUUGAGGAUGAUCAAGCCGCAAAAGUGCAUUUCUCAGAUUUUGAUUUUGUACAAUUCCUCCAGAAUGAAGUCUAGAAGUUGCCCUCUUUCACAGAAUGAUUUCAUUAAACAACCAACGAAAAUUUUGUAUGGUCAUCU